AUGCGUCAGAAACCUCCGUCCAUUGCCUUGUCUCCCCUCAACCGCGUCCUCUCUCCCUCCCUUGGCCUCAUCCCGGACAAUACGCCGCCUCGGCUAUUCGCCGACGCCUUGUCGCACUUCAGCGCUAUUCCCUGGUGCGCCGAGCGCCUCGGGACCAAAUCGUCAUCGUCUCCCUCCGCGGCAUCGUCGUCGGAUUCCUCAUCCUUGCCCGGCGGCAGCUGCGCCGUCAUCACAUUCAUCCCGCAAUGCUUCAACCCCGCCUCCCCGAAGCACGACCAGUUCGUCGGGGCGACGCUUGCCCACGCGCCACGCGGUCUCAAGCAGAUGCUUUGCUACUUCCGGCCCCAAGACGCCGAGCAUCUCCACGACCCCAGCCGGCCCAUUACGUGCAUCUCGAGUCUCUGGGCGCUCGACGAGGGCCUCUCCGGCUAUGAAGGGAUCUUGCACGGUGGUAUGACGACGACCAUGGUGGACGAGACGCUCGGCGUCAUCCACGAAAUCAACACGGCCCUCGGCAAGUCAGGAAGCUUGUUCGCCGCCAGCAGCGUGACGGCGUCGCUGAGUAUCAAGUUCCUGCGACCCAUUCCCGUCGAGGGUGCCGUCUGUGUGACGGCAUCGGUCGAGGCCAUGGAAGGUCGCAAGACGAGACUCAAGGCAGAGGUAGUCGGUGCUACGGGAGAGACGCUGGCCGUGGCGGAAAGCGUGUGGAUAGCAGUUCGGGCAAAGGUGUGA